CGGCCUAUAUCCAUCAUAGACAAGGCACACAUAUACAGGCACACCACCUUCACUGCCCAGACAGGAAAAGAAGAACCAACAAGAUGAGACAUACAUACUCGGCAUAUGCUACACACAUAUUGCACAUGUACGAGAUAUCACGCGCUUCUCGAACCAGACACAUGCUUUCUUCGCUUUCUCACAUUUGAUCUUCCAUAUCCUCCGCUCAUCCCAACUGCUCUCAGCUCCAAGGGUUGCAUCGGUUGGCCCCACAUGUUUCCCUCCUUCGACUCUUGCGAGUGUCGGGUCGUCCAGUCAAUGUUGAUUUUUCCCAUUCUUGGUGUCCGGCGUGUCUCACCUGACAGUGUAACCAGCAGUUCCAGCCAGCUUCAGCACUCCAUCAGCGCCUGUGGCCCAGCUGCCAAGCCGGUGCUAUUCCCGUCCCCAGCUUACGGCCCCGUCCGGCCCCAACCGGUCAAUCAAGUGAACACUGGUGCGGAUACCCUCCACCGUUCCACCGUUGGAGAUACACUAGCAAGCACUGCCUGUUUGGUAGGCAAUGCGGGCAAUGCACAACAUGCACGGGCGAUGAACCGUGAACGGAGUGAGAUGUCGGCGUGUCCCCGUGCGCCCCGACCCUUACUAGCUGCCCAUCAAUCAUCCUUCGGGUCAUUCCGUCCGCUUCCGCGGGUCCGCGAGGCGCGAUUAGGGGGGCCGUGGAGCGCCCCCCAUGCAAGCCCGGUUAGCGGAUCAAGAAGGCGAAACAGGCGAGCCAGGCCGAGAAAAGCAUAUGAUAUCCGAGCACUGACGAUGAAAGACUGGACUGGAUGGACCCAGAACUUUCAGAUGCAAGUUCCAGGAAAUUAAACCCAGCGAGAGCCUUGACUCCCUUGAGCCGUAGUCAUGCAGUUGGCUGAUGUAGCAUCCAGCAUCCCACAUUAUCAUCCGCCCAUAGUGUCUCCCCACUCCCCUAGCCUCCCCUACACUAGUUCGGUUCUCCAUGUCACCGGGGGUUUCAUCCCGGCGGCCCUUCCAUCGAAUCAGGAGACACAAAGGGACCCGACAGUCUGGAGACGAAUCCAACGAGUGGAACAC